CCAAACGGGCUCAAAUUAAAGAAAUGAUUUUAGGGCUUGUGCUUUGGAGAAUUGUGUUAUUAGGUUUUAGGGUAUCUUUUCUCUCUUUAAUUUCUAAUUAAUUCUUUCUUAGACCAGUGCAUAUUGAUUUUUAUUUUUUUUUGAAAUUCUUGCAUUAAUUUUAGUAAAGAAACUGGGAAAAGGAAAAAAGAAGAAAGAAAUAAAGAAAAAGAAAAACUAAAUCCUAACCUAGUUAUACUUGGAAAGUAAUUUUUUUUUUGUCUUUAAGAAUUAAUUAAAACCCCUUACGUUACGUGCACAUAAAGAAACUAAAAAAAGCCUCAUUUAAAACCGUAACAACACUAUGUACUCAAAACCCAAACCCUAAAAACCAUUCUUUGUUCCCAAGUUUCUCCAAAAAAAGAAAAAAAGAUGAAGGUUAUCGCUGCCUAUUAUUAGUUAUAUUUGGAUAAGUAAACCUUUUUAUGUAUUUAAGAAUCAAGACGAAGAAACCCAAAAAAACCGUCGUUUAAAACCCUAACAACACCAUAUAUUCUCAAAACCCAAACCCUAAAACCGUUCUUUGAUCCCAAGUUUCUCCAAAAAAAAAGAAGAAGAAAGAUGGAUGUGAUCGUCACCUACUUGUUGGAUGUGUGGGGCGGAAACACCAGCCCUACGGCGGAGGAUUUGAAGGCACUUCUCUCUUCCGUUGGAGCGGAAGCUGAUGAAGCAAAAAUUGAGUUAUUAUUAUCUCAAGUCAAAGGAAAAGACCUUACUGAGCUUAUUGCUGCUGGCAGAGAGAUGAUCGCUUUGGUGCCUUCCGGUGGCGGUGGCUUUGCGGUUACUAGUGGUGGCGGUGGUGCAGUGGUGGCGGAAGAGAAGGUGGAGGAAAAGAAAGUGGAAAAGAAAGAAGAGUCUGAGGAGGAGUUUGGCUUUGAUCUCUCUGGUUAGAUGAAUGAUUUAAUUUUUGUGCACAUAGUAUAAAUUCAGUGCAAUAUAAUUUAUCUUUUCAUACUAGUAGUCGUA